AUGAUGAAGAAAUUCCAAUUUGUAGAUUGUGCCACAAGACCUAUUUUUAAUAAUGUUGCUGUUGGAUACAAUUAUCUAUUGGGAGCAUUUUCAUAAUACUAUCAAUCAUUGUAAGUUUAGUUACCUAUGAAACAAACUAAGAACAAUUAAGUUUUAUCCCUGCGUUGUUAUUUUUAAUAGGUUUUAUUUGUGUUCUAACUUCAUCCCACAAAUUGCCAAGAUAUGGAUCAAUGAAUAGUGA